AUGCGCAGCCAGCGGGGCCUGCUGCUCGGCCCCGCCCGCCUCUGCCUGCGCCUGCUUAUGCUCCUGGGCUACCGGAGUCGCUGCCCGCCCCUGCUUCGGGGCCUGGUCCAGCGCUGGCGCUAUGGCAAGGUCUGCCUGCGCUCCCUAAUGUACAACUCCUUUGGGGGCAGCGACACGGCCGUCGAAGCUGCCUUUGAGCAGGUCUACUGGCUGGUGGACAACGUGAUCCGCUGGUUCGGGGUGGUGUUUGUGGUGCUGGUGGUCGUGCUGACCAGCUCCAUUGUGGCCAUCGCCUACCUGUGCGUCUUGCCCCUCAUCCUGCAAACCUACUCGGUGCCACAGCUCUGCUGGCACUUCUACAGCUACUGGAAUCUGAUCCUCAUCGUCUUCCAUUACUACCAGGCCAUCACCACACCACCCGGAUACCCACCCCAGGGCAGGAACAACAUUGCCGCGGUCUCCAUCUGUAAGAAGUGCAUUUACCCCAAGCGGCGGACGCACCACUGCAGCAUCUGUAACAGCUACGGGAGCUGGGGCCUCUUCCGGGAGGCUUAUGCUGCCAUCGAGACUUACCACCAGACCCCACCACCUACCUUCUCCUUUCGAGAAAGGAUAACUCACAAGAGUCUUAUCUACCUCUGGUUCCUGUGCAGUUCUGUGGCACUCGCCCUGGGUGCCCUGACUGCCUGGCACGCUGUUCUCAUCAGCCGAGGGGAGACGAGCAUCGAGCGGCACAUCAACAAGAAGGAGCGACGGCGGCUUCAGGCCAAGGGCAGAGCAUUUAAGAAUCCAUAUAACGACGGCUGUGUGGACAACUGGAAGGUAUUCCUGGGCGUGGACACGGGGAGGCACUGGCUCACCCGGGUGCUGCUGCCUUCCAGUCACCUGCCCCACGGGAACGGAAUGAGCUGGGACCCCCCUCCCUGCGUGGCCACUCCCUCAGCCUCUGUGAUGGCUGUGUGAGCGGGAAUGUCAGCUGGGACUGUGACACUCGUUCAGCUCCCUGCGUGGUCGCAAGGAACUCCAAGGGCAGCUUUUCUUGGAAGCUUUGAGCAACAAGAGCCACCAGUGGACCUGUUGUUGGAGCCCAUGCAGGCCCGCCCACUCAAGGCAGCCUGCUGGCCACUGGGGCCACAGCAAGGCCCAGGGCGGGGGAGAUCCUGGGACCGGCACCCCUUUACUCAGGCAAACAGAAGCUCCAGGCCCAGACUGGGGUCAGGC